CAGGGGCAGGGUGAGGCGAGUACCUUCAUUAGGAGGACGCCGGGAGCCGUGGAGGGGCGUGAUCUGGUCAAAGAUGUUUGAAAAUAUCCCGAAGUAUCGCUCUGCGGAAAACAAGCUAGGUUGGGGUGGAAGUGAUGAGGGUGGAUGUAGGGAGACCAGUGAGGGGGGCCACAAACCCCAGGAAUGUUGUGGAGGUGGCUGUACCUGAACAGUGGCAGGAGGGGUUGAAGAGUGGGUAAUUUGUUAAAUUCUGGGGAGGUUUUGAAGGUAGAACCAAUGGAAUUUUCUGCUGCGUCAGUUAUGACUGUAAGUGAAAAAGGGGUUUGAAGGAAUACCCAAGUCUUGUUUUGCUUUUCCCCUGAACGUCUGAAAAAAUGGAAGUGGGUAAGUUGGAGCAGGGACACCUUUCAGGGGGAGCAGGAGUUGGACUUUGGACGUGGUAAAUCCAAAGUGUCGUAACAGAGGUGUCACAUGGCCAUCUGGAGGUGCUGGUCUGGAGUUCUGCUGAGCACGUUGGGCUGAAGACCUCUGAAGAAUGAGGCCUCAAGUCAGAUUUAGGGAGAGAAUAUGUUGCUUUAUGUGGUCCCUGAGGUGAGAGAUUGGAGUGCAAGGAAGAAGGGGUGAACAUCUCUAAGAUUCCCUCCAGAAAGGAGAGGUCCUGGAAUAUGAAGGGGAUAUGGCGGGUGUCAUCAGGAGGAGAGGGCUGUAGGGUGUUAGGAGCCUGAUGAGAGAUGGGGAUCAAGGUGUAAACUGCUGUAGAUCUGCUACCCUGUGGACUCGGUGUGCCCCCUUAGGCACAGCCUGUGGAGAGGGAAAGUCUGCCAGGCUAGUGGAGCAGCCCCACCCCAAACCAGAGCACUGGUACAUCAGUUCCCCCGCUCCCCAGGUCAGAAGAAAUAAUGAGCAUCUCUGAUGAAGGGCCACCAGUGUGCUCCCCUUCAGAGGAGUAUGCUCCAGUUAGGCUGGUUUGGUGAAAGGACUUGUGUAUACCUGCUAAGUAUACAUAAGGACGCAGUUACAAAUUAAGAAUGUUUAUACCAAUGCUUAAUAAUCAACUGAAGUGUUUGCCUUUAAGUAUUUGAUUACAAUGGAAAGUCUUAAUGUUUUCUUAAAAAACAAACCCGGAAUUUAAAAGAACUUAUUACUUCAUUUGCACCAAAAACAUUUGCAAGUAGGAGGUGACACUAAGGUCUGAGUAUCUGAAGUUAGACAACAUAAAAUCAUCCUCACCAAAGGGCAGGGCUUAGGGGAACAGUUUAGCCAGUCAGACCCCAUUGUGGUAACCUGCCACUCCCUGCUCCCUCUUCCUGCCAGGUUGCUGUGGUGACAGAAGGGCUUAUGAGCCCUACAGAGGUGCGUGCAAAGUGUGGAGGUCCUCAGUCAACCCAGCCCACCUCUCCGUAAUCUUGGCAACCCAGUAUGGUGAAUAGUAGUGUCUUUGGAAUUGCAACCUACCCUUUUGCCUGCCAUUGGGUUUGGGGAUCCUGUUGUUACCGUUGGUGUUGUGCCGUGAAAACCGUUCUGGGAGCAUAUGGAAGGGUUUCCAUUUCCAGCAAGCAACGGGAUGAACUGUGAAACUGUCUGAGGCUCGGAAACCAGCAUGCGCAAAUGCAUGACUUGAGACUGAACUGGUUGUGUUCAGAAUCUCAGGUCUCCAUUAUGUCUGGUGAUGAGAGAGCGGGAGGCAGGAUUCAGCUCUGGAAUGGCAGCCUGUGGAGCUGGGCCUCUGUUCUGAAAGUGGCAGGAGCCAUGGAAAGUUUGGAGCAGAGAAGGGAGUGAUCUGAGUCUGGUCAUAACAGGCUUUCCCUUGCUACACAGUGAAGAAAAGACAUGGGAGUGAGGAAAGAGGACUGUUGAUGAUGGCUGAACCAGACUGGUGGCCCCGAGGGUGAGAGACAGUGCUUGGAUUCUGGUGGAAUUUUUGUUUGUGUUUGUUUUUGUUUUUAAAGUAGGACCAGCCAGGUUUUCUGAUGUGGAGGAUGAGAGAAAGAAGGGGAAGAGUCAGGGAACACCCCACAGUUUUUGGUCUGAGAAGACAUAAGGAAGAAUAAAAUCCUCAACUGAGAUAGUGAAGUUGAUGGUGGGAGUAACUUUCAGAGGUAACUUACAUCAGGAGUUAGGUUUUGAUCAUGUUCAUUCUUUGAUGUUCCAAAGACAUCUGAGUUGAGAUGUCAUGGACACAGGGGUCUGGCGUUCAGAGGAGGGAUUCAGAUUGGUGACAGCCACACGGGGACGGCCAGUCUGUGGAUUAGGGUAGAGCUGUGUGUCAGAUUUAGAGAAAGAACCUUGAGUCAUGGUGGCAGUGCCAUUAGGAGUCUGGGAAGCGGGUGAGCCAGUAGAGUGGAAGUAGGAGUUACCUGAAAGGCAAGCGGGAGGUUAGUCUCCAUGGUGGGCGGAGAAAAUAGGUCCUGGCAGUUGAUGGAGCCUUCUGAGGAGAAAGCAGACACGGGAUGGACACGGGUAAAGGAGUCAGAGCAGAUGGAAGCGAGACCAAAGCUGGUGCUCAUUGCCCUCCCUGUGUGCUUCCAGGGUUGUUGUGGUCACCUUUGGCGGGACCUGGGGAGUUCCAGCCGGGCUGGCAGAUUAGCUCAGGCCUAAAUGGGGUCAGCCGGGGGUAGAAGGCCAGUGGGUGUGGACUCUGAGAGUUUAGCGUUAGGUUUAGUGGUAAGCCUGUGACUGAUGAGGGUAUGUAGCAUUACCAGCCAACAGCAGAAAGUGGAAAAGGGCCGACUCUAUCUGAUAAUCUGCCCGUUGUUCGGCAUUCCUGAGGUUGAAUCGAGGAAGGAAGAAUUUAAGAGCUGAGUUCAGAAAUACCUAUGGCAGUGGGGGCCAUCCACUGGUGCGAUCCUGGGUGCAUUAACCAGUCAUUAUCUGGGUGAUGCAUGCAGAUGACGUCUGGGGGUGCCUAUGCUGUGAGCCUCCGUGUACAUGAUGGAGGUGUGGUCUAAAGAGUGGUGUGUAUGUGGAAGUGAAAUCUGAAUUCAUGUCCUGGGGGCUCUGGUACUGAGGGCUUUAGGGGGAAUGUUGAGCUCAAAUUUGUGUGUGGGGGAGGCAUAAGCUCUGGACCCCGUGGGAACUAGCUGGCAGGAGAAGGGUUGGUGUUUGCCUGCCAGGCCCAGACUCUGUAGUGUCUGUCUGUCCACUUGUGUUCUAGGCUGGACAAAAUGAUUAAUGGGAAAUGAGGAAGGAGCAGGCAUCAGUCACACAAGGGCCUGCUGUCUUGUCUUGGGGAGCUGGGAAGGAAGGGGAAUGCAUGUGGAUAGACUGGGAAUCCUGGGGAGAGAGGCUGCCCUGGCGUUCGGUCAUUCCCUUCAUGCAGGGUCAUGUGGUUUUUGAGGAUGUGUCUGCGUUUUUCCUGGGAGCUGUGGGGGCUCCUUGAUGAGGCUCAGAGACUCUCCUGUCACAGUGCAGUGCCUUCUGUGCUGUGCUCGUACAGCCCUCCUGAAGGCCCUGCACAGCUCAGUGUUCUGGGCUGUGUUCUGCUCUUCUCCCCCCGCUGAGGUCGCCGUCUCCUUCCUAGGCUGGACUGUAGGCACACGCAUCACACACACACAGAUUGCGCAGGUCCUCCGGGUGCCCGGGCUCGGCUGUGCGCACUGCCUCCUCCGCUCCUCAUGCUGCCCAACUUCUGUGGCUCCAGACUUGCCAGGAACGAUUUGAGGGUCAGGAGUCUUGUGGUCCGCCCAGUGGGUACCACCCUGCCUGGCCUGUUCUGGGUGGCUGGCCCUGUCUACAUUCAUGAUACCUCUGUGCUCUGGGUUCUUUCCCUUCCUUUUAAUUGACAUUCCCGUGAGCCUACCUGUGUAAUGAACUACAGUCACAGUCACUGCUUGUGGGUCCCAUUGGGCUGUUCCUUCAAGACUUUCAUUUCGUAAUUCUUAGUUUUCUCUCAACCUCUCAUGGGUGGGCUGCCCUAGACCAGUGCUUUCCCACUCACUUGCCCUGUCUGUCUUCUGUAACUUGUAUUUUCUAGAUCCUCUGUGGUUGCCGAACUGUAGCAGGAGAAAGAACUCUGAGUGCCUGAUUGAGAUGUCACGACUCUAGCCAUCGGAGAAGGGACUAGCACGGGCCUGGUAGUUGGCAUGGAGUGGAGAAUGAAAAGGCAUCUCCCGCGCAGAGCAUUUCUGUGUGAGUGACACGUGCUCAUACGUCCAAGGCAGGUGCAUCAGCCCAGAUGGCUCACCCUUGUGAGUUAUGUGGCCCCGUCUUGAAAGAUAUUUUGCACCUGGAUGAACAUCAGGAAGCACACCAUGGACUGAAACCUUACACUUGUGGGGCAUGUGGGAGACAAUUCUGGGUCAGUGCAAACCUUGAUCAGCACCAAAAGCUGUACAGUGUAGAGAGACUCUUAAAAGGAGACAAAGGCAAGACCUCGUUUGUGAAGAACUACAGAGUUUGUGAAGAACCCCUCCUGCAAGAGAAGCCCUUUGCAUGUGAGCAGGAGCAGAACUUGCAGGCCAGUUUGGGCAGUCACCAGCAAAAGGCCACCCGCAGCAGAAGGAAGACGAGGAGCACUGAGAGCGAGGAAGCCUUUCACGUUGGACAAAUGCAUUACAAGUGCAGUCAGUGUGGGAAAGCUUUCAGCCGCAAAGACACACUUGUCCAGCACCAGAGAAUCCACACUGGAGAAAGGCCUUACGACUGCAGCGAAUGUGGGAAAGCCUUUAGCCGCAAAGCCACGCUUGUCCAGCAUCAGAGAAUCCACACUGGAGAAAGGCCUUAUGCAUGCAGUGAAUGUGGGAAAACCUUUAGCCGCAAAGACAACCUUACUCAGCAUAAAAGAAUUCACACUGGAGAGAUGCCUUAUAAGUGUGGCGAAUGUGGGAAGUACUUCAGCCAUCACUCCAACCUCAUUGUCCACCAGAGAGUUCACAAUGGAGCGAGACCUUAUAAAUGCAACGAUUGCGGGAAAGUCUUCAGACACAAAUCCACGCUUGUUCAGCAUGAGAGUAUCCAUACUGGAGAAAAUCCUUAUGUUUGCAGUGACUGUGGGAAAUCCUUUGGCCACAAGUACACCCUCAUUAAACACCAGAGAAUUCAUACUGAGUCAAGACCUUUUGAAUGCAUCGAAUGUGGGAAAUUCUUUAGUCGCAGCUCUGACUUUAUUGCACACCAGAGAGUUCACACAGGUGAGAGGCCUUUUGUGUGCAGCAAAUGUGGGAAAGAUUUCAUCAGAACCUCCCACCUUGUUCGGCACCAAAAAGUCCACACUGGAGAAAGGCCAUAUGAGUGCAGUGAGUGUGGGAAGUCGUACAGCUUAAGCUCCCACCUCAUCAGGCACCAGAAGGUUCACGCUGCCGGAAGGCUUUAGGGGCGCCUCCAGCACAGCAGGGCCGCGGAAGGGAUUACCCUUCGAGAGGGAGCCGUUGAUCGGACGUUGAGCUUCAUAUGUCUGAACCUCGACACGGGGGAGACCCACUCAGGUCCCUUGCCUCAUUUGUCAGUGUCAGUGCCCGUGCCUGGAACCAUUUCAGCCUGACCAGCCUAGUUACCCUGAUACCCUCAGCGGAGGCGGAACUUUGUACCCCCUCCAGUCCCUGGAGGGAAGUAUAAGAAAUGUGAGUUAAUGGGGGUCCGCGUUUCCUCCGCCCUGGAAGACGUGUGGACAUGACCCAUCUAGAACCAGGAGGUCCUGAGCUGUGUUCCGGUAGCAGAAAAGCUUUACUUCAUGGACGUUGUUGGACUCACACGACACUUGGGACAGAUUGUUCCAGCCUCCAGGGCACCCAGCCUGGAUAACUGCUUGUCUCGUGUUGCUCUGGUUUGUGUGCUAAUAAAGACUUCAUUAUUUAAGCCA